CUCUCUCUCUCUCUCUCUCUCUCUCUCUCUCUUUCUCCCUCUCUUCUCUCCUGUCCUCAUUACCCUCUUCUUCCUUUCCGGUCUCGCGAACACUUGUGAGUUCCUCCAAAUGAUACGUCCACUUCGCGACAUUACACGAGCGGGACUUCUCCUCCCCGCUCCUGAGCCUCGCUUCGCCAUGAUACCGAACUUUACACGAAUUUGUCACGGUUAAUAACAAGGCCCAUGCUGGGGUGGACAAUUCCGACGCGGACACGACAUGCCCAUCUGACCAGCCUCCGGGUGCGACAUGAGUCGAACGCUCGAAUGGCUCCUCCGGGUCGUUUUUGCUACUGGGCACCUACAAGAUCCAUCAUCAAUCCUUGGACAACAGCAUUGGCAGUCCCUCGGACCUUUUUGUGCUUCCUUUUGCCCCCCACUCCCCACUCAUCUUUCAGAUCCGUUCCAUGUCCGAAAAUAUCGCUCGUAUAUUCUCAACGGGUCGGCUCAGGAAGAAAACAGCGCCGCCAUCUCUACCUAUGUCCCUCCUCCCUCUUCGCGGCCAAGUCCCUCAUUGAUGACACACCGCCGCUGGGCAGAUGUACGAUUCGUGACACAUACCGCGCGGCCUCGUCUGGGCGGGGACAGGGGAGGACGGGAGGGUGGGUGGUCUUUUGGAGCAGCUUCACUCGCAUCUCCUCCUUUGAGCGGAAUCGUAUCAGUCCUGCGAACAUCAACAGAUUUGUCCCCUUGCUUGUCACAGUACUGUUCCAAUCGUAGGUCGUGCGCAGCAGGCAAGGCGAAGGGCUCGGGAGGGGGAGAGCUUGCGCGUCUUCCGCCAUGGGUGUGUAUCACGUAUCGAGUACUACCUAGGUAUACAGUUCACAUCUGGACGAGUUUGCAGUGCUAUGGUCCCUCGCCGACGGCGCAUGACAUUGGGCACACUGUGCAUAGUGAUAUCACAGAGACCGACUUUCGUAUGGAUCUCUUUGGCGGUUAUGACAUAUGCUUUCUCCGUCAGGUGGCGGCGUGGUUGUCUCGCAUUCUCUCGGCGGACUUUGAGGAAACGGGCCUACUGUUCUCUCCGACCCGGAGGAAGAGAGAGAGCGCCCUUCGUAUUUGCGGCGGCAGACGAUGCUCGUUUUCCCGUGUGCGGUGAUGGGACGGCCGCCGGUCGAUAAUUGUAUACCUACCGUCCCCUUGUCGCGAACGACGGGGACCAAUACGACUACCUGCGAAUCCCUCAUCCGGGCAUGUGUGUCCCGUUGUACAGGGCUGCAUAGGGAGGCGGGAACCCCGUUGCGGACUGGUGAACGGGUUCGUUCGAUGGAGGAAAGACAAGGGAACGAACAUCCUGCAUGGACGUCCAAGGGCCUGUGUAGGUAGUUCGGAGGAUGUGAUGGUCAUUGGCGACGGGGAGACUGAGAGUGUGCAUGUGAGACAAGAUAAAAUCAAAGACGGGCGGAACCAAUGUGUUCUUUGACGAUGAAGGAGAGCGGCUUUGUCGCAGUGCUACAAUUGUACAGGUGCGGUGAUGACAAUGGGAGCAGCCGAUACAGCA